AUGUCCACCGCCGCCAUCGCGUGGAUGUCGCCCAUGGCGCCGCUGCCGCAGCUCUCGGUCUCGGACGACCCGGCGGAGAACUCCAAGCAGGUGCUCAAGGCGCUCAAGUGCGUGGCCUUCUCCAGCAAACAGGUGGGCGACAUGCUGCGCCGCCGCCGCGAGCGCCUGGCGCGCCGCCUGCAGGCCGUGGCGGACGAGACGGAGCUGCUGCGCGCGCACAUCGUGGAGAACGUGCUGAGCCAGCGCCAGCGCGCCGAGCAGCUGGCCGAGCUGCGCGACGACCUGGAGCAGGCGCAGACGCUGGGCCACGCCGAGCUGCUCAAGGACCUGGCGGACGAGCUCAAGCUGCUGCGCCGUGAGGACCAGCGCGAGCGCGUGCUGCUGAGCAACCUCAAGCGCACGCUGCGCUCCCGCGUGCGCCUGCACAAAGCGCUGCAGCAGCAGAAGGGUGCGGCCGACGGGGCCACCGUGGUCUUCAACUGCAAGCACAACCUCAUCCAGUCCAUGGUGGCCACGUGCGCCAAGACCACGUUCCUGUCGGCCUCCGAGCUCGGCUACUGUAGUGGGUUUCGAAUGAACACAGUCACGAGGAAAGCUGGCGCUUCCUUUGAACUCCUUGCUUGUUUGGUUGUUCUCAAGUUCUAG